CCGCGCCGGGCCCCUCAGGCGGCGGCACCGGCGACGGCGACAGUCGGAACGCGGCCAUGGAUCGCGGCGGGGCGCGGGGUUUCCUGCCGGCCUUCGCCCACUUCGCCACGCAGGCCAUCCACGCCGGGCAGGAGCCCGAGCAGUGGCGCUCGGCCGCCGUGGUGCCACCCAUCUCCCUCUCCACCACCUUCAAGCAGCAGGGACCCGGGCAGCACGCGGGUUAUGAAUACAGCCGGAGUGGAAACCCUACCCGGAAUUGCCUGGAGAAGGCUGUGGCAGCGCUAGAUGGAGCUAAAUACUGUUUAGCUUAUGCUUCUGGCUUAGCUGCUACUUUGAAUAUUACUCACCUGUUAAAGGCUGGGGAUACAAUUAUCUGCAUGGAUGAUGUCUAUGGAGGCACAAACAGGUACUUCAGGAAAGUAGCCAUGAAACUGGGUUUGAAUGUAGUUUUUGUUGACUGCACAAAAAUGGAAUGCCUGGAAGCUGCAAUUACACCAGAGACCAAGCUCGUUUGGAUUGAAACGCCCACAAACCCCACGCUGAAGGUCAUUGACAUUCAGGCCUGUGCAGAUGUAGUACACAAGCAUAAAGAUGUUCUUCUCGUGGUGGACAACACUUUUAUGUCUGCAUAUUUCCAGCGUCCUUUAUCUCUGGGGGCUGAUAUUUGUAUGUAUUCUGCAACCAAAUACAUGAACGGGCAUAGUGAUGUUGUAAUGGGACUUGUUUCGGUAAACUGUGACGAUCUCUACGAAAGGCUCAAAUUCUUACAAAACUCUCUCGGAGCUGUUCCGUCUCCCUUUGACUGUUACCUGUGCAAUCGUGGUUUGAAGACCCUGCAAAUCCGGAUGAAACAGCAUUUCCACAACGCGUUAGCUGUUGCUCGGUUUCUUGAGUCAGAUUCCCGGGUGGAGAAAGUCAUUUUCCCAGGCUUGCCUUCACACCCUCAGCAUGAGUUGGUCAAGCGGCAGUGCACUGGCUGUCCUGGGAUGAUAACCUUCUACAUUAAAGGAAAUCUCAAACACGCUGCUGCCUUUCUCAAGAACUUAAAGGUUUUUGCACUGGCUGAGAGUCUGGGAGGAUAUGAAAGCCUGGCAGAGCAUCCGGCCAUCAUGACUCACUCUUCGGUGCCUAAAGAAGAUAGAGAAGCUCUUGGAAUCAGUGAUACGUUAAUUCGCCUGUCAGUUGGUUUGGAAGAUGAAGAAGAUUUACUGGAAGACCUAGACCAAGCUCUGAAAGCUGCCUUUGCAGACCACAAAGCUUGACGUUUAAAACUGGAACUUGGAACUGGACGUUGAAAUGCCUGAGGAAGAUGACACAGAAAGCCAAAUCGCUAAUGAUUUUCCUUUGAUUUGCCUUCGAGAAUUGCAAUCUGUUUGAUCCGACGCUGGAUGCCGGGGGGUCCUCACUUUGUGCGUUUACCCUGCUGCCGUCUGGCUGUACGUGGACCUGUGGCGCACAGCCCCUGCCCUCCCCUGGGCCCCUUCCCGUCCUGUCGGAAUCCCUUGGGAUUCCUGGAGGCAGCAAGUUGUGUUUGAGCGCAGCCAUGGUGCACGCUCAGGAAUAUUAUCCCAGCGGACAUCAGUGUUUCCCGUUUGUGGUGCUGCGAGGGUGGCAGGUCAAGAGGGCUGGUUUCUGUUACUGCUCUUCAGCACGCACAGGUCAUUUGUCUCAUCUCUUCUAAUCCAACGAUCCAACUUAAAAACUGUUGAUUUAACUUAGAUGUUGUUCUUAAAUUAGAUUGGAAAUGUGGUUAAAUGCUUUUUCACCUGUUGCUAUUUUAUGAGUAUUGAAAAUGAAGCAAAAUCCAAUGCCCGGUAAACAAUAGUAACUUUCUAAAGAGGCUCCUUUCCCUUAAAAAAAAAAAUCAUGUAAUGUUAAUUGCGGUAAUGAUUUGGUUUAUAUUUGGAAUGGGAAUCAUUUUAAUUAAAAUAUGCCUGGAAUUUCCCUGA